AGUGACCGUUCAUCAACUGUCUUCAUACAGAUCCACGUCGGUACUGCUGACCUACAAAAAAAUAAAUACACCAGAUACGAACGAGAAAAAAGAUCCAAUCACUUGGAUGUAGACCGAACGAUGACAGAUUAGACAGUGGCAAGCCGCACAGCGAGAUACCUUGGCGCAUCCAGACGAAUUAAAAAACAAAAUGUCAAAAUUACGCGCGCGCAGUUGAUUCGAAAUUUGAAAAUGUGCGUGAGUGUCACCUAGGGUUGGUCAAAGAAUAAACAUGGCGCACAAAGUGAAGAGCAACCAUUACAUAGCCACGCACAGAUCUGGCGUGGACUCGCCAUCGUCGGGAGCUUAUUUACACAGAGCCUCUUCUAGAGACGAAAAUGAUAGUCAUCGAGCUCCCUCAGAAAGGACAUUGUCGGAAUACACGACGAUGGACGAGCGAACGCGGUCACCCUCUGGCGGCGGAGACCAGCGACACAGCGAGCAGCGACACAGCGAACAGCGACACACCGAGCGCAACGGCAGAAGACAGCCCAACGGCUCACCUCGAGCCGACUCUGAUGUCUACGUCACCAGUGCCGCGUAUAGACCGCCUUCGGAGAUCAGCCGGCAGUCCCGAGCACCUCGCAGCGUGUACUCGUACCGGAGCGCGGUGGCGCCCUCCGUGGCAUCUACACACAGAUCCAAGGUCUCUAGGAAGGCCGGCGUGAAAGUGGACGCCAUGGCGGCGCCCAACCCGUUCUGUCCGAACGUGAAGGGCAUGUGCUGCCUCAUGCUGCUCCUCAACCUAGGACUCAUCCUGGUGACCCUGGGCUUCGUCAUCGUGCUUCAGUUCUUUGAGCCGCUGUUUGUGUGGAUCCUGGGCAUAGUCUUCCUCAUCUUCGGCUUCAUAACCCUGGUAGGAAGCCUGAUCUACUGCGUAGUUCUGUGCCGGGAGAACCCCUACCCACGGUACCCUGACGACUUCUACUGGACGCACCACUGGUCCAAGACCAUCGGUCCAUCGGAGAUCCACUACAGUGCCAGUGAGAAACCGUACAGACAGAAUGGACAUAGUGACAGAUAUAACAAGUAUAACGGGAAAUAUUCCGAUAGAGAAAGUGCGAAAGGAUACUCUGAUAGAGAAAGCAAACUUAGUAGGUACUAAAAUCCUUUAUUGGAGUAAAUAGUAUUUUUAAGAUUGUUACAUUCUGUACUUAACGCCAUCUAUUGAGUUGAAAUGGAACUAAACGUUCAGC